AUGGUCCGCCACAUCACAGGUAUGGCCUGCGCUGCAGCGAGUCAGAAUUUGCUGUUGUUCUGGUGUCUGCAGUGGCGCGAGACGUGUUUGUGAGGGCAAGACGACUGCAGUGUCCAAGGCAGAGGUGCAAAUGCCUUCGAGUUUUUGUCGCCGACAACAGGACCGACAGUGCAUGGACAGGAGGGAGGGUCAGGAGGAUAGACGCUGUCACCAGCGCGCACCGGUGAGCCCCUGGAGAGCGAUUCAUCGGCGACCGUGACCUUUGACAGGGCGACCCUGUGUAUCAUGCGUUUGCGGACGGCGGUUCUGCCGCUUUCGCUCCUACACAUAGGGGACAGCUGUACACGGGAGGAGGCAGGAUUGUAGGUCCCGACUACGAGGUGCGAUGUACCUACUCCCCGGAACACGGCUUCAGUAAGCAACUCCUGAAAACACUUGGCUCUUCCGAACUCGGAUCUCAUUGGAUGACAGGGAAGAAUUGGCAUGAAUUCCAUCCAACUAAAGAAGGAACGGCGCUGAUGCUCGUUUAA